CUUUGUGAUCAUUGCCCCCAUCUCAGACUCCUCGGGGUUCAUUACUUUGAUUGUAAAGACAAAUCGAACUUAUUCCCAGCCUUCAUCACAGGUGAGAGAUAUCAUCCAGUUGAAGUGGUGGAUUGAAGAGAAAGCUAGGAUUGAGAUUUUGCUGAACCCACAAUGGACAACCUUAGAAUGUUGGAUAGACUUAGUGACCUGCCCUGGGAUAUAUUAGACAAUAUUCUAGGGCACCUACCAAUUAAAGAUGCCGUGAAGACAAGCGUCUUUUCCAGAAAAUGGAGAUAUAAAUGGUUUGAUCUUUCCAAGCUUGUAGUUGAUGAUAGUUGUGGGGUGACUACUUCCAUGAAUGUAGAUAAGGAAUGGAAUCAGCUUGCUAAACUUGUAUAUAAUGUUUUGUUAGCUCAUCGUGGCCAGAUUGAUAAGUUUAUACUUGCCACUCUUUUGAGUGGCCAAGGCAAGGAUUUGGAUUAUUGGAUUGCUUUUCUAUGCAGAAAUGGUAUCAAGAAACUCAUUCUUGAUUUGGGUUACAUGUGUUCCAUGUACGAGUAUAAGCUGCCUUCCAGUUUAUUUUCUUGUCAACAACUGAGUUGCUUGUACAUCAUGCAUUGCUCAGUUGUAACGCCACACACAUUCAAUGGGUUUAGCAAUCUUGUUAGCCUCCAGAUGCAAAGCUGUACAGUCCUCAAUGGAGUGCUUGAAAAUUUGAUUAGUAGCUGCCCAAUUCUUGAGACAUUAGUACUUUCAGAUGUUGAUGACUUUGGCCUUUCAGAUGUUGGUGACUUUGGCUCUCUUAAUAUCUAUGCUCCAAAUCUUAAAUCCUUGCACGUUGAUGGCAAAUUCAUGAGCGUCCAUCUGGAACAUAGCCUGUUGGGAUUUCACACGAUUUAA